GUAAACAAAUCAACUUUUAGUUUUACAUGUGGAAAAUAACUAAUUUGUUAUUUUGUUUGCCGAAUAUACUAUUUUUUUUCUUUAUCUAUAUACAAAAUGAGUUACAAAAAACAAGCAGUGAAGAAAAUUAAAUCCCUUUGUUAUUUAACGCUUGGAGGUUCUGUAGCAUACCAAUGCAUUUAUUUCAAGAAAGAUUUUAAUGGAUAUUAUGACAAAGUAUUAAGACCUGUGAGCCAAUUCAUAAAUCCAGAAUGGGCACAUUUAAUCGGCGUGUCAGCGCUUAAGUAUGGUGUAAUCCCUCCUGAACGUUAUAGGGACCCUAAAAUUUUAGAAACAACAUUUCUUGGUCAUUAUCUAAGCAAUCCCAUAGGUAUAGCAGCAGGAUUUGAUAAGCAUGGAGAUGCCAUAAAAGGUUUAAGGAACAUUGGAUUCUCAAUCAUUGAAAUAGGUUCAGUCACUCCUGAAGCUCAACCUGGAAACCCAAAACCUCGUGUUUUCAGAUUACCAGAAGAUAAGGCAGUAAUAAAUAGAUAUGGGUUUAAUAGUGAAGGUCAUGAUGAAGUAUAUAAAAAAUUGCAAAAUAUAGACAAAACUAUAUUAAAUAAAGGAUUGUUAGGUAUCAAUUUAGGAAAAAAUAAACUAUCUCAAAAUGCUAAUGAAGAUUAUGUACGAGGAGUCAAGAAAUUUGGAAAUAUCGCAGAUUAUUUUGUGAUAAAUAUCAGCAGUCCAAAUACUCCUGGUUUGAGAUCAUUACAAAAUAAAGAUGAAUUAAAGUCCCUACUUACUGAAUUGAACAAAAUUCGAAACACAAUGUCACUUGAUUACAAUAAACCUUUGUUAUUGAAGUUGGCUCCUGAUCUCAGUUUUGAUGAGAUGAAAGAUAUUGUAUCAAUUAUUAUGAAAAAUGAAAGUAAAGUUGACGGUCUUAUAAUUUCUAACACAACAGUGGAUCGUUCUUUCCUUGUAAAUAAAGAGUUUUCAACAGAGGCUGGUGGACUUAGUGGCAAACCUCUAUAUAAUAAAUCAACUGAUAUGAUCAAACAAAUGUACAAAUUAACAAAAGGGAAAAUACCUAUUAUAGGUGUUGGAGGUGUAUUUAGUGGUCAAGAUGCAUAUGAAAAAAUCUUAGCAGGGGCCAGUGUAAUACAAAUAUAUACAGCACUUAUAUACCAUGGACCUCCUAUUGUAACUAAAAUUAAAACUGAAUUAGCUGAACUACUUGAAAAAAAUGGUUAUAGCAAUGUAAAUGAAGCUGUUGGUAAAGGGGUGCAAUGACAUCCAAUAAGUUCUAUUAUACAUGCAAAGUAUUAUAAAAUAUGCUUUUAUCUAGCAAAUCAUACAACAUUUGAUUUUAACAACUCAAGAUGAAUUUAAGUCCUUUAAUUCUGGAUUUCCUGCAAGAAUACCAAAUAUGUUACAUUGUUUGAAAUAAAUAAGAUUAACAUUUGAUUA